GACAAAAAUAAGGGAGAGAAGCCAGACUUUACUCUAACUCUCAAAACAUCUUUAAGCACCCCCCCCACCUUUUGGAAAAUGUCUUAAUACUGGACAUCAGACAAGUGGCAAGGUGGACAUGUCAUACCUAAGUUACACCGGAACCCAUGCUGAAAUGGCCACGUAUCCUGUCUACGGGACUUCGGGAUACCCCAGAAUAGUCGCAGACGUUAGAGCACCGGAAGUACAGAUGCCCGUGGUUCAACAAAAUAAUGGAGCCAGUGAAUACAAAUGUAAGAACCUCUGCUGUAAGGUGAUUUUUGUAGUCAGCCUUAUGAUGGUGGCGGCCGCAGCUGUGGCGAUCGGUUUCCUUGCGACAUCUGAAUCGCAUGCUUCAGUCAACAAUGCUUCGGAUGCGCAAUUAACAGCCACAGCUACUAUUUCUGUUCCCACCAAGUCUGAUAUCAUCGCUUUAUCAACACAAACAACGACGACGUCAUCGACUUCACCUACAUCAUCGAAUAAAGUUUCUAUGGAAACUGCAAACGUUCCUUUAGUAAUGACCAUACAAGUUAUAACAACAGACGCCUUGGUUUCUAUGACAACCGACUCCGUUAUGUCAACAGUUAUCUCCGAAGUUACUACAACUAGAACGAGUUCUUCUUCAACUAUCACAACCAGUACUCCUUCAACCCCAUCAACCACUACUCCUUCAACCACCACAACCACAACACCAACAGAAACAACAUAUUCAACCACAACAUUUACAACUACAAUCACCACAACUCCUUCAACAACCACAACAACAACUCCUACAACCACAACUUCUUCAACCACUACAACCACAACUCCUUCAACCACCACAACCACAACUCCUCUAACCACCACAACCACAACUCCUCUAACCACCACAACCACAACUCCUCUAACUACCACAACCACAACUCCUCUAACCACCACAACCACAACUCCUACAACCACAACUUCUUCAACCACUACAACCACAACUCCUUCAACCACCACAACCACAACUCCUCUAACCUCCACAACCACAACUCCUCUAACCACCACAACCACAACACCUCUAACCACCACAACCACAACUCCUCUAACCACUACAACCACAACUCCUCUAACCACCACAACCACAACUCCUCUAACCACCACGACCACAACUCCUACAACAACCACAACAACAACACCUUCAACUACCACAACCACAACUUCUUCAUCCACCACGACCACAACUCCUACAACCAUAACAACAACAUCUCCUACAACCACUACAACCACAACCAUAACUCCUUCAACAACUACAACCACAACUCCUUCAACCACAACUCCUCUAACCACCACAACCACAAUUCCUACAACCACCACAACCACAACUCCUACAACCACAACUUCUUCAACCACUACAAUCACAACUCCUUCAACCACCACAACCACAACUCCUCUAACCACCACAACCACAACUCCUCUAACCACCACAACCACAACUCCUCUGACCACCACAACCACAACUCCUUUAACCACUACAACCACAACUCCUCUAACCACCACAACUCCUCUAACCACCACAACCACAACUCCUCUAACCACCACAACCACAACUCCUCUAACCACCACAACCACAACUCCUCUGACCACAACAACCACAACUCCUUCAACCACCACAACCACAACUCCUUCAACGACCACAACCACAACUCCUCUAACCACCACAACCACAACUCCUUCAACCACCACAACCACAACUCCUCUAACCACCACAACCACAACUCCUCUGACCACAACAACCACAACUCCUUCAACCACCACAACCACAACUCCUUCAACCACCACAACCACAACUCCUUCAACGACCACAACCACAACUCCUCUAACCACCACAAGCACAACUCCUUCAACCACUACAACCACAACUUCUUCAUCCACCACGACCACAACUCCUACAACCAUAACAACAACAUCUCCUACAACAACUACAAACACAACCAUAACUCCUUCAACCACUACAACCACAACUCCUUCAACCAUCACGACCACAACUCCUAUUACCACCACAACCACAAUUCCUACAACCACAACUUCUUCAUCCACCACGACCACAACUCCUACAACCACUACAACCAUAACCAUAACUCCUUCAACAACUACAACCACAACUCCUUCAACUACAACUCCUCUAACCACCACAACCACAACUCCUUCAACGACCACAACCACAACUCCUUCAACCACAACUCCUCUAACCACCACAAGCACAACUUCUUCAACCACUACAACCACAACUUCUUCAUCCACCACAACCACAACUCCUACAACCAUAACAACAACAUCUCCUACAACCACUACAACCACAACCAUAACUCCUUCAACAACUACAACCACAACUCCUUCAACCAUAACGCCUCUAAUCACCACAACCACAACUCCUACAACAACCAUAACCACAACACCCUCAACUACCACAACCACAAAUCCUUCAACCACAACAACCACAACUCCUACUACCACUACAUCCACUACAACCACAACACCCUCAACCACAACAACCACAAAUCCUUCAACCACCCCAACCACAACUCCUACAACCACUACAACCACAACACCUUCAACCACCACAACCACAACUCCCACAAUCACUACAACCACAACACCAUCAACUAACACAACCACAACACCUUCAACCACCACAACCACCACACCCUCAACUAUCACAACCACAACUUCUUCAACUACCACUAUCACAACUCCUACAACCACUACAACCACAACUCCUUCAACGACCACAACCACAACUCCUUCAACGACCACAACCACAACUCCUUCAACCACAACUCCUCUAACCACCACAAGCACAACUUCUUCAACCACUACAACCACAACUUCUUCAUCCACCACAACCACAACUCCUACAACCAUAACAACAACAUCUCCUACAACCACUACAACCACAACCAUAACUCCUUCAACAACUACAACCACAACUCCUUCAACCAUAACUCCUCUAAUCACCACAACCACAACUCCUACAACAACCAUAACCACAACACCCUCAACUACCACAACCACAAAUCCUUCAACCACCACAACCACAACUCCUACUACCACUACAUCCACUACAACCACAACACCCUCAACCACCACAACCACAAAUCCUUCAACCACCCCAACCACAACUCCUACAACCACUACAACCACAACACCUUCAACCACCACAACCACAACUCCCACAAUCACUACAACCACAACACCAUCAACUAACACAACCACAACACCUUCAACCACCACAACCACCACACCCUCAACUAUCACAACCACAACUUCUUCAACUACCACUAUCACAACUCCUACAACCACUACAACCACAACUCCUUCAACCACCACAACCACAACUCCUUCAACCACCACAACCACAACUCCUUCAACCACCACAACCACUACAACCACUACAACCACAACUCCUUCAACCACUACAACCACAACUCCUACAACCACUACAACCACAACUCCUACAACCACUACAACCACAACUCCUUCAACCACAACAACCACAACUCCUACAACCACUACAACCACUACAACCACUACACCUUUAGCUACCACAACCACAGCUCCUACAACCACUACAGCCACAACACCUUCAACUACCACAAUCACAACUCCUACAACCACUAUAACCACAACACUAUCAACUUCCACAACCACAACUCCUUCAACCAACCCAACCACAACUGCUACAACCACUACAACCACAACUCCUUCAACCACCACAAUCACAACUCCUACAACCACUACAACCACAACUCCUUCAACCAACCCAACCACAACUGCUACAACCACUACAACCACAACUCCUUCAACUACCACAACCACAACUCCUUCAACCAACCCAACCACAACUGCUACAACCACUACAACCACAACUCCUUCAACCACCACAAUCACCACUCCUACAACCAACCCAACCACAGCUGCUACAACCACUACAACCACAACUCCUUCAACCACCACAAUCACAACUCCUUCAACCAACCCAACCACAACUGCUACAACCACUACAACCACAACUCCUUCAACCACCACAUCCACAACUCCUUCAACCAACCCAACCACAACUGCUACAACCACUACAACCACAACACCUUCAACCACCACAAUCACAACUCCUACAACCACUACAACCACAACUCCUUCAACCACCACAAUCACAACUCCUACAACCACUACACCCUCAACUACCACAACCACAACUCCUACAACCACCUUAACCACAACUCCUACAAUCACUACAACCACAACUCUUUCAACAACCACAAUUACAACACCUUCAACCGCAACUCCUACAACCACUACACCCUCAACUACCACAACCACAACUCCUACAACCACCUCAACCACAACUCCUACAAUCACUACAACCACAACUCUUUCAACAACCACAAUUACAACACCUUCAACCGCAACUCCUUUAACCAGAACUCCUUCAACCAGCUCAACUACAGCGUCUUCAAACAUUUCGACCCCAACUUCAACCAUUCCAACCACAAUGUCUUCAACUACUACAACCAGAACGUCUUUGACAGAGCUUCCUUCAACCACUACCCAUAUUUCUUCGAUCACAUCCGCUUUGGUUUCUCUGGAAAUAGCAGCAUCGGCGGACACGUUUAAUCUGGUCUUUGCCUCUCAAGUACGGUGUACUGUGACGGCGUCAAGUUGGGACACAGUGACGAUUGCCAAUGGAUCUACGCAAGGAAUCGAUGUUAUGGCAACGUUUACAUCUGACGGAAGUCAAAACACUGACCUUGACCCACAACGUUUUAAUCUUAGCAGAAUUCAAGUGGACAAAGUUACAACAAUUCUCACACUGACCAUCAAACAAGUUUUAUGUCAGGACAACAUGACCUUCGUUUGUAUUGGUCAAGCAGGGAACUUAUCUGUGGAGAGUCGAGUCACACCAAACUUUACAAUGACAGGUGCACUUCAAAGAACAUCCGCUGUCGUACCCACCACCAUCACAGCGAAUGCACUGGUCAAUGUGACAUGUCAGAGUUUUGAAUUCAGUGGUCAGGCUAUACAGUGGCAAUACAAAAGACAGAGCAAUGACUUCAUCUCAGUCAAUCUGAGAACACCACAAAUUCAAACAGCCAGUGUCAACAUAACUGGUCUCUACUGUAUCAACUUCUUUCGUAACACUGCUCAGUUUGCUUUCCCCAAAGCAGCCAACAACGAUCAGAUCCGAUGCUUAUCCACAUCUACUGGCUUCACAUCCCCGCCGAUAACAUUGAAUGUUGUAUAGUAUCUAGUGGGGGGUCACUAGAGCAACACUGUAAUAACGACCAAAUAUUGUGUUUUCACUUGCGAGCUCAUUGAAACGUUAGAAGCCUCUUGCUUAUGGAUAGUUUUUGUCCAAAACAUGUUAGACUAAGAAAGUAGGGGAGACGACUGACUAAAUUAGAAAUCACAGUAGUCGACAUUUGUUUCACUCCCUUGAGUUUUGAAGUCAAACUGAAAACGCGCUGUAUUGAAAGGAAAUUGUGGCAGCCUGGAAGUCUGAUAGAUCCAAGUCGACUUCAUAAGGAAGACAUUACUUAUUGUCUACUGUUUGGACUUCGAAUGACGUCACCCAAUUCUCUAUGAAGCUACUUUGUGUGUGUGUGUGGGGGGGGAGGGGGGGCGGCUGUGCAAUUCUGGCAAAUUAUAUAGGCCUAAUAAUAAUAAUAAUAAUCUUUAUUAUCCAUAAGGAAAUUUGUCUAACAAUUUGUGCAUUACACCAAACAAAACAUUAUAAUUAUAGAAAACCAAAAUAUACAUUCCCACCAGACUCACUCAUAAUUUACAUGCGAAAAGUUUAUAUCAGAUCGUUUCUAUUCAAUGAUUUGAUUGCCAGGGGAACAAAAGAGUGUUUGUGUCUGUUUGUCUUUGCUAUCUGUGUCUUGUAUCUCUUUUGUGAUGGUAAAAUCCCAAAAUCCUGACCCAAAGGGUGAUUUUUUAUUUCUAGAAUCUUUUUAGCUUUUUUAUGAAUGUAUAUAUAUAUAUCCAAAGUUUAGUGUAGUAACUUCAUAGAUGAAAGAUAUGCGAUGCCCACUUAAUUACUGUGGGUACAAACCGUGGACUUUUAAAAUCUUUGAAUGCUGUUAGUUGCCUAAUUACCGUGCACAAACUUUAUAAGGCAAAUACCUAUCAAUUUAAAUGUAUUUACACGUAUAGUGGCAAUAUAUUAACAAUGGUACAGGAGUAGACUGCCUAAAAACCUAUUGUGUAAGUAUAAAAUGUCUGUAAAGUCUAGAUUUUUUUAAAUUUUUCAUUUUCAUCAUUCAUGAAAAAGUUCUUCAAUAAAUGGUAGCUGUGUUUGAGUGAUAUAUGAUUCUUUUUUUAAUUAGUCUAUUUAGUCUUAGUCUUUGUGUCCGUGAAAAAUUACCAAACCAGCAGGUGAUGGCAAACUUCUUUUGACUACUGAUGUUAGAUGUAUACAAAUUUUAUUUUUGUUUUGUCAUUUUAAAAUUUUGGUCUAGUCUUUAAUGUAUCUUGGUGUUAUGAUUUUUGUCCAAUGCUCAUUCCAUGUCAGCUUGUUGUUGAUGGCAUUUAUAUUGUUGCACUUGGUCUACGAUUUGGUUGUUGAUGGCAUUUAUAUUGUUGCACUUGGUCUACGAUUUGGUUGUUGAUGGCAUUUAUAUUGUUGCACUUGGUCUACGAUUUGGUUGUUGAUGGCAUUUAUAUUGUUGCACUUGGUCUACGAUUUGGUUGUUGAUGGCAUUUAUAUUGUUGCACUUGGUCUACGAUUUGGUUGUUGAUGGCAUUUAUAUUGUUGCACUUGGUCUACGAUUUGGUUGUUGAUGGCAUUUAUAUUGUUGCACUUGGUCUACGAUUUGGUUGUUGAUGGCAUUUAUAUUCUUGCACUUGGUCUACGAUUUGGUUGUUGAUGGCAUUUAUAUUCUUGCACUUGGUCUACGAUUUGGUUGUUGAUCUGAAUCUCUUCAAGCUGGUCUUUAUGCUUCCUAAAAUCUACAAUCAUUUCUUUAGUUGUCAAUAGCCGAAUCAAAGUCUAACGUCACCUGCGAUGAUGGCCGUGAUGGGUGGGAUAUAAACUGCUGGGCUUCCUAUGUACUCGUGAUAGAACGCUUCCCUACGGCGCUCCAGUGCUUAUCUCUCUAGGACGUGACCCUUCGCUUUUACAUAGUGAGGGCGUUUUAGCAGAAUCAACAUGGAUGAUGGUCAAUUCAUGUAGGCCUACAGCUUCCGGGUCGUAUAUGCAUCCUUAAGUCGUCACAUAUCAUGUAGUGAUGUAGAUAGUUUGUCCAAGGUCUGAGGUAGUAACAAUAUGUCAGACAAGUCAAAUUUAAUAAUAAUAAUAAUAAUUGCUACUUUGAGCUUCAUUCAUUUUAUUGACAUUUAUUUUUCGAAAAACAAGGCUGAUUUGAAGUAGGCUCUACUGUCUUGUACAAAAUUAUAAGGCUGAUUUGAAGUAGACUCUACUGUCUUGUACAAAAAUAUAAGGCUGAUUUGAAGUAGGCUCUACUGUCUUGUACAAAAUUAUAAGGCUGAUUUGAAGUAGACUCUACUGUCUUGUACAAAAUUAUAAGGCUGAUUUGAAGUAGACUCUACUGUCUUGUACAAAAAUAUAAGGCUGAUUUGAAGUAGACUCUACUGUCUUGUACAAAAAUAUAAGGCUGAUUUGAAGUAGGCUCUACUGUCUUGUACAAAAUUAUAAGGCUGAUUUAAAGUAGGAUCUACUGUCUUGUACAAAAUUAUAUAGUAUUGUAUUGCUUUUUUGUUUUCACACCUAGAUCUUGUUACGAGUAUUUUAUCCAACGAGUAACUCUUCCGGGUGUUCAGAAUAUAAGGAAUACUGUCCUUUUAUUUAUCAAAUGACAUAGCAAACUUGCAUGUCCGGCAUUAUGUUACUUAUGGAUGGUCCGUCUCGGUUGAUUGGAUACUUGGAGAAGUCUGGUAGGCUUGUGAAAGAAAGGAAUACAUCGACAUUUCAGUUGUAGAUCAUGAAUAAAGGUUCUCAAACAGAAUUAAAAGUUUCCUUCAUUUUGUUUAGUAGCCAAGACACUUCGGGAGGUCCACUAUUUCUAUUCUCUUGUGCUACCGGUACAACAUACAACAUUAAUUCCAGAGCUUUCAACAAUUUUCAAUGAAUGUUCCAUAAAAAAAAAUUGCUUGAGACAUUUUUUAAAAAAACAUUUAAUCCAAUGAAACACAUGUGUACAUGCUACAGAUCUUGUAUAACUUUUGUUUAUUCAAUAAUUAAUAACCAACGAAAAUGAAUAAAGAGA